GAAACGGGCAUUCCUUGUCAUUUUGUUUUGAUUAGUAAAAGCCAGAAAGUUAGGUUAGUAGAAACGGCUGUUCAAAAAUUGUUCUGAGAAGCGCCCGCCGAAACCAAACAUGGCUCCGAAGAAGUCCUCAAAACCGAAUGCCUACAUAGUAUUUGCUCAAGAUCUGAUGAAUAGGCAAGGUGGUCGCAAAUAUAAUUCAUUAAAGGAAGCAUGUGACGUUGCAGGUCCUAUUUGGGCGAGAAUGUCCCGAGAAGAGAAGGAGCCCUAUGAAGUCAGGGCGAACAUAAUGAGGGGCGACACUCAUCGAAGAAAACUUACCACUGAAGGUGUGGAUGUUGAAGCUUUCACCUCUCAGGAGCAAGAGAAAAUCAAUGCCGAAGAAUCGGCUCGGGAACAGAUGAGAGCCACUAUCCAAAUAGCACAAAAAGACAAAGUAUUGGAUAGGGAAGUUUUCCUGUUGGUACACUUUAAUAUGUUCUGCUAUCAAGCCUCAACGGACCGCUACUGGCCGGCGGAAGUAGCCGUUUUAGCAUUCAAUCUCAGAGAUGGUGUUUUAAGUGAACAUAUUUUUCACUCUAUUAUCAAACCAGGGCCGCUUCCUAUCGGUUACAAGUCCGACGCCAAGUUGCAUUCCGAUCAAACUCAUCUAUUAGAAGUGCCGUUUGACCGAGAAUCCAACGCUCAUGUACUGUAUGAGAGUUUGAAAGAGUUUAUGCAGAGACAUAAAAAGGCCGGAGCAAAGGGCUUGCCUGCGCUGUACGCAGAUAUAAAGCACGUGAAAAUGAUUCAAAACAUUUUGGAUCGUUGGUCUUUAGAGUACGAUUAUGAAACUGAUCUGUUUAAGGUGAUAAAUUUGCAGGCUAUGUUCCAUGUGCUGAGAAAUACAGUUGCAGGUGAAGAAGUUUGGCAUACGCCAGCAUUCAGCGAGCGCGAAUUGGAGAAGGACGUCUUCUCGUAUUCUCCAGAAAUUGCCUGUCCAUUCCAUGCAUGCACGCCCAGGACGCUUUAUUGCAGCCAAUCGAUAGUGAUAAGAUAUGCUUUUAUUAUUUGCGACAAUUGCUGCUCUGAUCUGCACAUUGAUCUUGUUAGUGGCCAGCACGUGCCUCUGGAAUCUUUGGCUAGCAAAGCGACGAGCGCGGCCAGUAGCAUGAGCGGUUUUACCGUUCAGUCCAGCAAGAGGAAAAAUCCUAACCAAUACUCAGAAAUUAGUGAUUUUAACUCCUCCAGUAACGCGUGGGAAGUUGCGUCUUGCACCAGUAAUUACUCAAUUUCCACAGUGGUUUCUCAAUCAGAGGAUGAUUUUCCGGAAUUGGGCGGUUUCAAGAAGAAGGAUCCCUCAUCGAAGCUCCCGCCUUUGGGUUGGGUGAAGAAUACCCAGACUUUUACUGGUGCGGGAUCCGGUCUUAAUGAACGACUGAAAAAUCUAUCGCUUGCCUCGGAAAACAGUGGCCCGUCUCCAGGCUUGAGUAGUUCAGAUUUUCCGGCAAUGUCGGUUGGUCGCGGUCGCCGACCUAAACCUAAGUCACAAUAAAGUGUUAAAAUGUGUUAAAACUGACGACCCAAAUCAGCGAUUUAGAAUACAGAAUGUUAUUUUUUUCUAUUUGGAAUCUAUAUUUUAACGUUUCACUCGUUGUGAGUGUUGUUAUUUGUGUUUUUAAUCACAUAAUAUUUAACAAAAAAUAUUGCAGCAAUAUAAUUAAUUUGCAUCUAAA